UAGGAACUUACCCGCCACGUCCGCAGUAUACGCCCAGCGGCUAUGCGCCCACACCGCCGCCUUCAAAUCAACCAACAUCCGCGAAUAGUAUGCCACCAGGUGGCGGCCCUCAAUAUCCUGGUCGACCAAUGCCGAAUCACACCGGCGCCGGUGGUCCGCACUCUCAAUAUCCACCCUAUCAGAAUUGGGUGCCACCCUCACCUCAAGGCGGACCCGGUAGCGGUGGAGCACCAGGUGGCGGCGGCGCAGCGGGCAUGGGCAAUCAUGUACAGGGCAAAGGCACACCACCACCGGGCGGACCGCCACAACCACCCGGAGGCGGCUCACCACGCCCCCUCAACUAUCUAAAGCAGCAUUUACAACAUAAGGGUGGCUAUGGUAGCGGUCCAGCGCCGCAGCAGGGCUACGGAAAUGGACCUGGCAUGCAUCCAGGCAUGCCAAUGGGACCGCCACACCACAUGGGGCCACCACAUGGACCUACCAGCAUGGGACCACCUACCAUUACACCUCCACAAACGAUGGGUGGUAUUAGUGGGCCAGGUGUGGUUGGUCCCGGUGGUGGUAUGGUUGGUGUGGGCGGCGCCGUUGGCAGUGGCGUGAUAUUGCCUGGCGAUGGCGAACACAUCUCCCAGGAUAACGGCAUUAGUUCGUCGGGCUCUUCAACAGCAUCGGGACCACAUCCAGUUACUUCGGUGGUGACGACCGGACCGGAUGGAACGCCCAUCGACGAAGUUAGCCAACAAAGUACGCUAUCCAAUGCAUCAGCAGCUUCGGGUGAAGAUCCACAAUGCACAACUCCAAAAUCACGAAAAAACGAUCCAUACAGCCAAAGCCAUCUAGCGCCGCCCAGCACAUCGCCGGUCGGACACCCCGGGCACCCUGGUGGACCGGGUGAGGAGUAUGAAAUGAGUUCUCCACCAAAUUGGACGCGAACACCAGCUAGUCCGCAGGUUUUCAAUAGCCACGUGCCGCCUCAAGAGACUUUUCGUACAUCGUCUACAAAAAAAUCAGAUAGCCUAUGUAAACUUUACGAAAUGGAUGAUAAUCCGGAAAGGCGCAGUUGGCUGGAUAAGCUGCGCGCAUUCAUGGAGGAGCGACGCACACCAAUCACCGCCUGUCCAACAAUAUCGAAGCAACCGCUCGAUUUGUAUAGGUUAUAUAUUUAUGUAAAAGAACGUGGAGGAUUCGUCGAGGUAUGCAAGGUGCCGUAGUAAUUCCUUUUACUAACUUCUUUUUAGAUUCACUACCAUUACUACCUUCUACUAGUACUACCAAGUAGCAAAACUACCUACCACC